GCAGGCGGGAAGCUGUGCAGCGGGGGGGGGGGGGGGGGGGGGGCGGAGGGCGCCCCGAGGAAGGAGCCGCGUCUCCGCGAGGCCCCAGUGCCCCUCGGCCUGGGGGACGAGCCCGUGGGAAAUGCUUUCUCGCGCUCACCUCGGAGUGGGAGGGGCAGGGCAGGCCUGAAGCGGGUCCUUCCGGGCGACCUUUGCAGAGACCCCCGACCCCCGACCCCCCGACCCCCGACCCCCGACCCGCGCAGCCGCUGCUCCCCGCGGGCCGAGGACCAUGUGCGGCCGCACCUCCUGUCACCUGCCCCGAGACGCGCUGUCGCGAGCCUGCGCCUACCGGGACCGCCAGGGCCACCCGCGCGUCCCCGAGUGGAGGGACCCCGACAAGUACCGGCCGUCCUACAACAAGAGCCCCCAGUCCUGCAGCCCGGUGCUGCUGUCCCGCCUGCACUUGGACAAGGGUGCGGACUCCUCGGAGCGCAUCAUCGCUCCCAUGCGAUGGGGCCUGGUUCCAUCUUGGUUCAAAGAAAGUGACCUCUCCAAGCUGCAAUUCAACACUAGCAACUGUCGGAGUGAUACCAUGCUGGAGAAGCGAUCCUUCAAGGUGCCUCUGGGGAUGGGCAGACGCUGUGUCGUUUUAGCGGAUGGAUUCUACGAGUGGCAGCGGUGUCAGCUCUCAAGCCAGAGGCAGCCAUACUUCAUCUACUUCCCUCAGAACAAGACAGAAAAGUCGGAGAGCCUCAGCGCUGCGUACAGUCCUGAGGACUGGGAGAAAGUCUGGGAUAACUGGCGGCUGCUGACCAUGGCUGGUAUCUUCAACUGCUGGGAGCCCCCAGAGGGAGGAGAGCGUCUGUACUCUUACACCAUCAUCACAGUGGACUCCUGCAAAGGCUUGACCGACAUCCACCCCAGGAUGCCUGCCAUACUGGAUGGAGAGGAGGCGGUCGCUAAGUGGCUCAACUUUGGGGAGGUCUCAACACAGGAAGCCCUCAAGUUAAUCCACCCCAUCGAGAAUAUCACCUUCCACCCUGUCUCUACUGUGGUGAAUAACUCUCGAAACAACACUCCAGAGUGCCUGACCCCUGUCCACUUACUGGUCAAAAAGGAGGUCAAGGCAAGUGGCAGCAGUCAGAAGAUGUUGCAGUGGCUGGCCACAAAGUCGCCCAAGAAGGAAGCACCCCCGACUGCCCAGAAGGCGGCAGAGGCAGAUGUGCCCCAGUGGUCCAGCCAGUCUGUGCAGAGGAGCCUGCUGCCCACUAAAAGGGGCAGUGCUGGACUCCUGGAGCGAUGGCUGAAGCGGGAGGAGGAGCCGGCGGCCAAGCGGCCUCACGACCAGUGAGGCAGGCCCACCAAGACCCAGGCCCCGCUCUGCCACAUGAAAAGCAGCUGGUGGCCAGGAUCAGGUGGGGGGCUGGCUCGGGAGGUGGCCGCAGUGUUAGUUGGCAGUUGUAGAUGUGAGAGAAUGGCGGUCCUGACUGUGACCAGAGUUCCACCCAAAUCACACUGGUGGCUGUUUCCUGCCCUGCAGUUAUUAGCAGAAGGCCGUCUCUGCUCAGCUGUUGCAUCCUUCAGUUAAAAGUUCUUAAAGGGUUGUAUUUUUCCCCGAAUAAAUUAUAUUUGAUAAACUGCA